AUUAACCAAGAUGAAUUGGUCUGGUUUGGAAGACCUCUUGGGGGGAGUGAACAAAUACUCCACAGCGUUUGGGCGUAUUUGGCUCUCGGUUGUCUUCAUCUUUCGGCUUCUAGUCUACUUAGUGGCAGCGGAGAAAGUCUGGGGAGAUGACAAUAAGGACUUUGACUGCAACACCGAGCAGCCAGGUUGUCCCAAUGUCUGCUAUGACCUUUACUUUCCAAUCUCUCACAUCCGACUCUGGGCCCUGCAACUGAUCCUUGUCACCUGUCCUUCCCUGUUGGUUGUGAUGCAUGUAGCCUACCGGCAAGCCAAACUCAAGAAACGUUUACAGAAAAGUGGGAAUACCUUCAAACCACGUUAUCCCCCCGGCAAGAAGCGUGGAGGGUUAUGGUGGACCUAUCUCUUCAGUCUUCUCUUCAAAGCUGCGGUGGACAUUGUGUUCCUGUUUAUCUUUUACCACGUGUACCCAAACUACAAGCUUCCUACUCUAGUCAAAUGCUCUCACUCACCUUGCCCUAACCUAGUUGACUGCUACAUAGCCAGGCCAACAGAGAAGAACAUCUUCACUCUGUUCAUGAUCAUCACUGCCUGUGUUUGUGUCCUACUUAGCCUCCUGGAAGCUUUCUAUCUCAUUGGGAAAAGAUGUAAGGAGAGCCUUCAGGAGCAAAGUGGAAGUCACCGAAUAGAGAGUGGAGAAGUGCACUUUCUCAAAAGAGACCAUUGCUCCCUGUCCCCAAGUAAACAGGACACCACUGAAAUAGACGGGCAGAUUUUUCAUGGGGCAGAUUAUAAGCCAGUCACUUCACCUCUCAUAAGCAGCUCCCAAUGUGGAGAGCCUUCAAAACUUGGGAAGCUGGAAUAAACAUACACCCAUGAAAAAGAAGAGCUUGGACACGAUCCAUAUUGCUUCGCUCCGAUUCCAACGAUUUCUGCUAAGCUGGAAACAU